CUGCGCGAAUCUGACGCCACUUCCGCUCGCGACCCCUGCCCGACCCCGCUGCCCCGCACCUGGUCGCAGCGCGUCGCAGCAGGUGCACGAAACCAGCUCCCUCGUGGGGUGGUGGGCGCUUGGAGGGCUGCCAUGGCGCCCGGCCACCUGUCAGUACGAGAGAUGAGAGAGGAUGAGAAGCCCCUGGUCCUGGAGAUGCUGAAGGCCGGCGUGAAGGACACGGAGAACCGCGUGGCCCUGCACGCUCUGACACGGCCGCCGGCCCUGCUGCUCCUCGCGGCUGCCAGCAGUGGCCUGCGCUUCCUUCUGGCCUCCUUCGCCCUGGCCCUGCUGCUGCCCGUGUCCCUGGCCGUGGCAGCCCUGAAGCUGGGCUUGCGGGCCCGCUGGGGCUCGCUGCCUCCCCCGGGGGGCCUGGGGGGACCGUGGGUGGCCGUGCAGGGGUCAGGGGAUGUGUGCGGGGUCCUAGCCCUGGCCCCCAGUGACACCGGUGCUGGCCGUGGAGCCCGGGUCACCCGCCUGUCUGUGUCUCGCUGGCACCGGCGCCAGGGCGUGGGCAGGAGGCUGCUGGCCUUUGCCGAGUCCCGGGCUCAGGCCUGGGCGGGGGGCUCUGGUGAGACACGGGCCAGGCUGGUGGUCCCUGUGGCUGUGGCUGCCUGGGGCCUGGCAGGGAUGCUGGAGGGCUGUGGCUACCAGGCCGAGGGCGGCUGGGGCUGCAUGGGGUACAUGCUGGUGAGGGACUUCAGCAAGGACCUGUGACCCCUGGCCCCCGGAGCGUCCAUCGCCUUUGUCAGCACAGCCUUCUGGGGGGGCAGCCUCUGAUGAGCACCCACUGUAUGCUGGGCAGUGUCCACCACGAGUCCCUCGGCUGGAGUACACGUGUGGACGCAUCUAAUGAGCACCCACUGUAUGCUGGUAUCACCCACACCCUCCACAAGCGCCCAGCACACCAGAGGCCAGGAAGAGGGGGUCCCGAGGGCAGGAGCCCUCAGCUGCCCAUCCAUCUGUCCAUCUGCUGCCACUGCUGAGUGAAGUCAGCAGGGAAAGAACCCGCUCCCCUGCUGUCCUCUGUCCCCUGUGCCUGACCCAGCCCAGCCCACCUCGUGUGCUGUCUGCACCGAGAACUUUCCCUGCUCGGCCCGGAAGAGACAUGGCGGGAGGGGGUGCUGAGCGGGUGCAGCUGGCCGGCGGGGUUAGGAUCGACGUGGAACAUGCCCAGAGGGACGAGGCCCCCAAGGAGGGGAGCCCAUUGGAGCGCGCCCUGGGGUGGGUGUGUGCUGCCGAGGGCCGUGGGUACCGGGAGGUGGGCUGCCAGGCUGGGCAGAGUCCAGGCGGUGGCUGUGGGCAGCAGGAGCUGGGGGCAGGGUGGAGACGCAGUGUCUGUUUUUGUGCUGUUAAUAAAGGCUCAAGCUGCCCA